AAAACAAAACUGGAUCCAGUGGCCGCAGCAUUUCCUCCGUGUCUUCGUGCUGUGGCUGCAACAACAGAAGCUGUAUUAGCAAGCACGGAUGUAGUUCUCAUGAAAUUUCUUCUGUCCUUUUCUUUUUUCUUGUGAGUUAAUAUUCUCUGUGACUGUAGCCUUUUUUCUGGGAAUGCGGUUUUGCUGUGGUAUCGUACCGUGUGGUUUCUCGAUAGUUGGAUUUGUCCUUGUUGUCGUAAUUGGAUCGCCACGGAAGUUUUUCUUCCUUGAUUGUCGCUGACUCAGUUCGCCAACGAAGUCUCCUUGAUCUGGAAACCGGCGCCGUUUAGCUGAGCAGGAUUGUGUUAACACCAGCUAACAUCAUGAGAGGCUGUUUUAUGUUUGUUUGUCCUGAAGAGUUGAACUUGCUUUUCUUCAGAGUCCAUUCGUUUCUGUUUCCUUUGCUGCAUUGUUUCCAAAUAUAGUGUAAAUAUAGAAUAAUACUGGGGUGAAGUGUGUUGAAAAUGCUUUGGGUGAUUUUGUAUGUUAUAGAGUGUAUUAAAAGGGAUCCCUAUGAGUAUCAGAAUGUACUCUGUACUUUGUCAAAUGCUACAAUUGAAAAAUGGAGCGCCCUCAACCAGUUACGCAGUGGUCCAAGGGGACCGCCUGCUGGAAGCAAAUCAAAUUUCAUAAAGCUAAGUGCACAAAACAGCUGAACUCGUAGCACUCACUUAAGCAUGUCAGCUGUCCGAAGGGAAGAUCGUAACAAUUUAUACAGAUUCCAGUCUUGCAGGUUUGCGAACCUCGUUGAAGGAAAUCCACCAGCAGGUUGAUCAAGCCUGGAGGACCAGCCCCCUUUCCAAGGAUUUACCAAUUCGUUUGGGCACCUGGAUCCUGGUUCGAGAUACUCGGAGGAAACACUGGCAUCAGCCUAGGUGGAGAGGACCAUUCCAAAUUCUUCUAUCCACACCACACGCCGUGAAAGUUGAGGGACUGCCUGCCUGGAUUCACGCCUCACAUUGCAAGAGAUGGCACCCUUGAUUGCUGUGCUACUAUGUUUUUCUUUUCCCUUGUCUACUGCCCUGGUCACCUUGACUUUCCCGUUGGGAAUCACCACAUCAGUGCAGUUUGAUUUCUGCUCUAUUAUCAACUGUGGGACUGGUCGACAAGCCCAGUGGACCGGAUCUGACAAAUACGUGUGUAUGAGGGGAAGUGACUGCGACAACUGGCAAUGGGUUUUUUGCUAACACUGGAACUGAGGACUGGGGUUAUCAACCUUUUGAGGCCCAAAAAUACGGUUUGAAAAAUCGGUUUUCUAUCAUAAAAGGACAUGCCUCUCAUUGUAUGUGCUGACAACCAUUGUAACUCAGGUAUUUAUGUAUUAGGGGUAUAUGUAUCUGGAACAGACCCUUUAGGGAGAUUUCUAAUUAAGAUUGACAAUCCUGUUACUAACACCCCUCAUUCUCUGGCACACACACCCAUCUCCCCAACUUUUGGUUCAGAUUUUUCUCCCGUUAGGAUUAUGAAUAUUUCUACCCUUUCAUCCACUUUUUCAUUUGUCACCUUUCCCCCUAAUUGGUCUGGUACCUGUGCUCCAAUCCAAUUAGUUAUGCCUUUUAGACUUCUAUGCCUUUUAGACUUCUAUCCUUACCUCCCUCUCACUCCCCAUAUUAUUCCACACCUCCUUUUUUAUUUCCGACAUACCCGCUCCCUUUUCCAUACGCCUACUGAUAUCUCCUUACAUGGCCCUGGAGUAUACAUAGAUGCUAUUGGAGUCCCUAGGGGUGUCCCAGACAGAUUUAAAGCUAGGAAUCAAGUCGCAGCCGGUUUUGAAUCUAUCAUACCCCAAAUUACUAUUAAUAAGAAUGUAGACUGGAUUAAUUAUAACCAACAACGUUUCCUUAACUUCACCAAAGACGCUAUUGAAGGUAUACAUGAACAGCUUGAUCGUACUUCUCUGAUGACUUGGCAAAAUCGUCUAGCCUUGGACAUGUUACUUGCCGAAAAGGGAGGUGUUUGUGCUAUGUUUGGUGAUGCUUGUUGUACAUAUAUUCCAAAUAAUACCGCGCCAGAUGGAUCAAUAACUCGUGCAUUGGCAGGCCUCACUGCUCUCUCUAAAGAACUUUCCACUAAUUCUGGCAUUACAAAUCCUUGGGAUCAGUGGUUUACAUCCUCCUUCGGAUCCUGGGGACAAUGGAUAAGAUCUGUUUUUAUUUCUUUGGUUGUGACAUUUUGUCUCCUCCUCCUGGUUGGUUGUUGUAUUAUCCCUUUGUUUCGCUAUAUAAUAUCUAAGUACUUUACCGCCUCUAUGGAAAGGGCAUAUGUGCUACAUGAUGAGCGCAUGUCUCGUAUAGCUUCUUCCAUUUUCUCUCCCCUUUCCCUUUCAUCAACCAUUUCAAAAUAGAAUUUAUAGGCCCACAUCAUUUUUGUUCAAAAAGGGAGGAGUGUGGAAACAAAAAAAGAUGUAAUUGAACAAAAUGUAUGUGUGUAUAGAAAAUAGGACAGAGUGAUGAAACUUGUUUGUGUUUGGCGUGCGUGACAAAAAGCAUGUAUACUUUCUGGAAGUUUCUUUUGAUGAUGUGUGUGACAAGAAAAUAUACCUUUAGGGUAAUGACUUUACAAAAACUGGAAAAGUACAAUGA